CACAAUCAGUCUCUUUCUCUCUCGCGUCUCCCUACCCUAAUAAGUCCCACCCACCACCACCAGUCCACCACGAAUCACGAUCUUCUUCCCUGCCGGUGCCGGUGUCGCUCCUCCCUCCGCCGCUCCACGCCGCCGCGCCUCCCUCCUCACUUGUCGUCUCAGCCUCUUUCAGAAAUCUGAAUUUGAGUGGAGGGAUUGGAGACAAAGAUGAGAGUGAUUCAGAAGUUUUUCAUUGCAUCAAUGUUCAUGUGGGCAGUCCCUAUUGCAAUAUUACAUGCUUUUAACCAUAAUCUGCUUCCUGGAACAUCCAAUCUGUCUCCUUACUCUGUGACACUAGUGAGCGGAUUUCUUGCUGUCAUAUCUGUUAAUGUAGUCAUAGCAUUUUACAUUUAUUUGGCAAUGAGAGAACCUGCAGACAAACACGAGCCUGAUCCAAGGUUUCUCGCCGAGGCCAAAGCUAGUAUAAACCAGACUUCAGGAGAGGCUCAGCAAUCUUCCCAGCCUUCCAAGAAAGAACAGUAGGAUGGUGUUCUUAGACCCUUGUUGUACACACUAGCUGUUCAUCUUGGGAAGGAGAGGGGAGAACGGGGAUGAAGGGAGAAGGUCCAGAAUUCUGUGCCGAGCAUGCUUCGUAUGAAAUUUGCAUAUGAUUCAUCUCGUGCACAAUUUAUGUUUCCAAUAUGUUAGUUUUGUAGCAUUAUAUAUAUUCAGUUCAGAGUAUUCUUUUACAAGUUUUUCUUCCCAUUUUACCAUUUUGGUUUCAAUGUAUUGAAGAAGAUUAUGAAUGUUGUCAGGUGGGUAGACAGAAGAACAGCGAGUACAAGUGCUAGAAGGUAUAAAAAUGAUAAACGUUUUGUAGUACCAAACAGGGUUGCAUGAAUUGUAGGCUUGUAAUGAAACUACUUCGCAUUUGAUGAUUAAUCUUUUACCCUAUGAAUUGUUA